CACCCUCUCCCAAGACGGGGACUCUGAUUGGCUGCCGGCUGCCGGCUCGUCUGCGUCUCUUCCGGAACGAGGCGGUCUGUGGAACACGGCCGACUUCCGGCGCGAGGCGUAGCAAGUGGCGUCGAUCCGGCCCCAUGGCGGCCCCGCUGCUUCACACGCGGUUGCCGGGCGAGGCGGCUUCCCCCGCGUCUGCGGCUCAGGGACUGCGGGCGUCGCGGGCUGGGAUUUCAGACAUGCUCACGUUAGAGAGAGAUUUCUUCAGCUCCCCGCCAAGAAAAACUGUGCGAUUUGGGGGGACCGUGACGGAAGUCUUGCUGAAGUACAAAAAGGGUGAAACAAAUGACUUUGAGUUGUUAAAGAACCAGCUGUCAGAUCCAGACAUAAAGGAUGACCAAAUCAUCAACUGGCUGUUGGAAUUCCGCUCGUCUAUUAUGUAUUUGACCAAAGACUUUGAGCAGCUCAUCAACAUUCUGCUGAAAUUGCCUUGGUUGAAAAGAAGCCACACGGUGGUGGAAGAGUAUUUGACUUUCCUUGGCAAUCUUGUCUCAGCACAGACCGUGUUCCUCAGACCGUGUCUCAGCAUGAUUGUGUCUCAUUGUGUACCUCCUCGAGUGAUCAUUAAGGAAGGUGACGUGACUGUUUCAGAUUCUGAUGAUGAAGAUGAUAGUCUGCCUGCAAAUUUUGACACAUGUCACAGAGCCUUGCAAAUAAUAGCAAGAUAUGUCCCAUCGACUCCGUGGUUUCUCAUGCCGAUACUGGCAGAAAAAUUUCCAUUUGUUCGAAAAUCAGAGAGAACAUUGGAAUGUUAUGUUCACAACUUACUAAGGAUAAGUGUGUAUUUUCCAAACUUGAGGCAUGAAAUUCUGGAACUUAUUAUUGAAAAACUACUCAAGUUGGACGUGAAUGCACCCCGGCAGGAUAUUGAAGAUGCUGAGGAGGCAGGUGCUCAAACUUGUGGUGGGAAUGAUUCCACAGAACAGUUAUUCAAUAUGGAUGAAGAUGAAGAAACUGAGCAAGAAACCAAGGCCGAUCCGCAGCAGCUCCGUCAGAUGGCCCAUCCUGUAGCUGAGCGCCUGGACAUCCUUCUGUCCUUGCUGUUGUCCUACAUUAAGGAUGUGUGCUCUGUGGAUGGUAAGAUUGAUAACAACAAAACGAAGGCUUUAUACCGUGAUCUGAUAACCAUCUUUGAUAAGCUUCUGUUGCCCACCCAUGCCUCCUGCCAUGUACAGUUUUUCAUGUUCUUCCUCUGCAGCUUCAGAUUGGGAUUUGCAGAGGCAUUUUUGGAACAUCUAUGGAAAAAAUUGCAGGAUCCAAAUAAUCCUGCCAUCAUCAGGCAAGCUGCUGGAAAUUAUAUUGGAAGCUUUUUGGCAAGAGCUAAAUUUAUUCCUCUUAUUACUGUAAAAUCAUGCCUAGAUCUUUUGGUUAACUGGAUGCACGUAUACCUUAAUAACCAGGAUGCAGGAACGAAGGCGUUUUGUGAUGUUGCUCUCCAUGGACCGUUUUAUUCAGCCUGCCAAGCUGUCUUCUACAUUUUUGUUUUUAGACACAAACAGCUUUUGAGUGGAAACCUGAAGGAAGGUUUGAGGUAUCUUCAAAGUCUGAAUUUUGAACGCAUUGUGAUGAGUCAGCUAAAUCCUCUGAAGGUCUGCCUGCCGUCAGUGGUUAACUUUUUUGCAGCGCUCACAAAUAAAUACCAGCUGGCUUUCUGCUACACCAUCAUCGAGAGGAACAACCGCCAGAUGCUGCCAGUUAUCAGGAACACGGCCGGCGGGGACUCGGUGCACACCUGCACCAACCCGCUCGACACCUUCUUCCCCUUUGACCCCUGUGUGCUCAAGAGGUCAAAGAAAUUCAUUGAUCCAAUAUAUCAGAUAUGGGAAGACAUAAGUGUUGAAGAGCUCCAGGAAUUGAAGAAACCCAUUAAAAAGGAGGUGGUGGAGGAUGAAGACGACGACUUUUUAAAGGGCGAAGUGCCCCCCAGUGACGCGGUAAUUGGGAUCACGCCCAGCUCCUUGGACGCACAUUUCCGAAGUCCUUCAAGUAGUGUGGGCUCCCUGCCAGGACUGUACCUGCCUGACCAAUCCCCUGUGAGCCCCAGCAUCUGUGAGUGAGGCCCAGGCUCCCCCCUCUCGCACCUUUUGGGAGCCAGGCUCAGACUGUUGGACGUGGCACUAACUAGGUAGAAGGAGUGCGGGUCUGCAGGGCCGUGCUCUCAAGUUUAAAUCGGCCCGUGUCCGAACCAACAUUUUGUUUUGGGUCUUUGCCACCCACCGUGGAGACAAAAGUUGAGAAGACUGAGUAUCAUGUGCAAUAUUUUACAGCGGGCUUGACGACAGAUGCUGCAGGCUC